GUAGCGUACAAAAGAACUCGUUGAAGAAGAAAUGUGUACAGAGCGGCGGCCAUCUGAGAAGCAGCAGAUUACAGUUGAGGCCACCCGACUAAAACCUCAGCCCACCCCAGUCGUACCGCUUUAUGUAACAUACUGUACCGAAUUCUCAUCUGGAAACUGUCAAUGUAUACGAUUAUCUUCAACAAUAUUUAGGAAAGGUUCUUACUUAUUUCCGGGGUGGUCAACUCAAUGUUCAACCCAAUUGAAUCCGAUUCGGCCUAUUGCUCUAUAUUUAAAUACUAUACUACUUAUAAAGAAAGGUUCUCUCCACUUCAUCCCCUGGCUGUAUUACAGAGAGUCAUGAUCCUAACCUCCCUCGUAGGAUGUCGAGUGAAAUGAGGAGGAUCCCAGCCGGUGACAUCACGUGGCGU